AUGCCCGUCGAAAUCGCUUUGGAUACGCCUCUGGCGAAUGCGCUAAGCGUAGCGAUUCAGCCGAAGCUACUUGAAGUGGGAUGGGGAUCCGGCGCCGAUGACGCAGGGCUUGCCGAAUACAUCAUCCUCAUGUUGGCAAACGGAAAAACUCAAGAUCAAAUAUCUGCAGAGCUCUCUGGCGACCUGCUGGGCCUGCCCGCCGACGACCCCAGCGUACACGACUUCUCCCGAUGGCUCUUUGAGCAGAUUGAUGCUUUGAACCACCAGCUUAACGGUGGCCAGGCCGCCGGCCAAGAUGCCACGCAAAGCUCCUCACAGGAUCCCACGCAAGGGAGGGAAAUGGACACGGAUAUGAAUGCCCACGACACAUCAGGGUUGAACGCGCCGACUGGCCCCAAGUCGAUGCGCAACGGGAACCCUAGAGGCGGACGUGAGAAGCGAAUGCUCGGUCACAUGUCAAAAGCCAUGGACAGAUCGCUUGACAGCACCCUCCAUCGCGUCCGAGGCAGUGGCAACGAGAGAAUCAAUGCAAACGGCCGCAACCCGCCCAGCGGGCCUAGAGGGGGGGGGCAGGGGCGCAUGCAGCGAAACAACCGCGCAGCGACGCUCCAAGCCGGCCUGACUGCUGGCCCUCAAGGAGGCAACUGGAUGAUGAACGGGCAACCGAGCCAGAUGGAACUCAUGGCUAUGCUCGAGCAGCAGAACCAAAUGAUGUACCAACUGUCUCAGCAUCUGAUGAACGGCGUCAACAGCAACUUUCCGAACCAGCAGCGCCGGGGCAAGUCGUUGUUUGAGCGAAUCCAAGACCCCAACAAGAGGAGGGACAACAACAACAACAACAACAACAACAACAACAACAAUCACCACCAAGAAGCCAAUGCCGACGACGGCUCCGAGAUGGAGCACACGGGCGGGGGCGGCGAGGAUGUGGAAAUGUCUGGCGAAACCCGCGAACCCGCGAACCCCGAGGAGACUGUCUGCAAAUACAACCUGCACUGCACCAACAAGGACUGCAAAUUCGCGCACCAGUCGCCGGCGGCUCCCACGGGGGCGACGGUGGACGUGAGCGAUGUCUGCAACUUUGGGGUGGCGUGCAAGAACAGGAAAUGCGUCGGCCGCCAUCCGUCUCCCGCAACCAAGCUUGCCCACCAGAGCGAGCAGGAAUGCAAGUUCUUCCCCAACUGCCAAAACCCGCGAUGCCCAUUCAAGCACCCUUCAAUGCCGCUGUGUCGAAACGGUGCCAGCUGCACGACGUCCAACUGCAAGUUUACGCACGUGACGACCAAAUGCAAGUUUAGCCCUUGCCUAAACCCCAGCUGCGCUUUUGCCCAUGAAGAGGGUCAACAAGGAGGAUUCAAGGAUAAGGUUUGGACCUCGGACUCGACCAAGCAACAUGUGAGCGAGAGGAGAUUUGUGGACGAAAAUGGGCAAGAAGAGCUCAUCAAACCUGACGCAGACGACAUGACGACGCAUCAAGCUGCACAUGAUGCCGGAAUUAUUGAAUGA